AUGCCUCUACGUAUUCACGAAUCCCCAAGAGAUACUCCACUGAGAGACUCGCCGCAACCACCGGACAUCCCGCCCGGCAGUGCGAGCAGGUUGGCUACAUAUACCUACUCCAAUGAACCUCCCGCGGACGCACACGAGAAUUUGCGAGAGCACGGUAGUCACGGGUCGAUUUUACAGAAUUCCGGGAGUCAACACGAAGUCGCGCAAGCAAGGUCAGCACGAUACUCGACCACGGAUCCGUACAGUGGUAAUGUCACAUAUCCAAAUCGUGACGCACCGACACCAUCGGCCGAAUACACAAGACUCUUCCAAGCGUUGACAGGACAUGGUCUCCAGGAAAGCGAUGAAGAGGACGGUGAUGGUAAUGAGGCAGAGCUUAGCUCAGACCGGAACCCACCACAACAAUCGCCUCGUCGAUCUAUACUGGAUGACUACCAUGAGGCUCAACAUAGUGCAGAUGGUGACGAAGGUCGACCAGAACCUGGCUUCUAUGGGCACGCAUCCAGUCAGCAAAGACCUGCAGCGCAUCAGAUCUCCCUAUCGCCACGGCAAGAUGCUACGCAGCUCAACACUCCUUAUCCUGCCGGUCUACUCAGCAACAUAUUCGAUUUCGGGGGAGAGUUACGACGACGACUGCCCGAAAGUGAAUUUGCUCCUCCGGUGGCGAUGCAGCAGCGAGCUUCUCUGCCGCACGUGCAAGAGGCGAUGGAUCACAACAUUUCUGGCCAUGUCAGCCAAGUCACGAACAUGUCAGGAGUCGCCAGUGAGAUACUGUCUGAACAUGUCCGCGGUCCGGCGACAGUACAUCAGCCAGCUCCUUCAACGCUGUCGCCAAACGCGUCUAACCUGGUCGAGCACGAGCAUGUUGACUUCUUAGCUUGGGCGCGCAGGCUGUAUUUUCAGAUGCACUUGCAGCGGCUUAAGAUCCGGCAACGAUUGAAAGAUGAGCAACGUCUGGAGCGUGGCGAGCUUGGCAGCCCAUUCCAUCGUCAGCACGAACGAAUGGCAUCUGAGAUGCGCGAGGAACAACGCAGAAUCGACUGCAUUCACCAUGCCACGAUACAACGCCUCGUUCACUCGCUCACGAAUGAAGGCGAUUUAUUCAUGGCUGCUAUCGACCUGGUCAGCAGAAGAAGUCAAGCUCAAUUUCAGCUUCUGACCGUCAAAGCCGCUCAUCGCCAAGCAUCUGACGGAUGUCCGAUCUGCUCUAAGACUUGGUCUCGUGAGGAUCAAGGUGCGGAGACUUUUCCGACCUUGUGUGGUAAUGGUAUAUUACGGGAGACCAUGUGCAGCAACUUGAUCUGCGAGGACUGCCUAUAUGCAUGUUCGCUGAACAACUUCAAGUGUCCAUGUUGCCGACAAGAGAUCAAGCACGAAGACAUUGCGCGAAGGAGGGCUCAAAGACGGCGUGCGGCACGAAUGUACACUGAGCAAUAA